CCAUGUCUCGCCACCUUCGCUCGAACCUUAUCACCACCACCGCCCUUGAGCCCUCCUCCAUCAACUCUUCUUCAUCUUCCCCAUUUCACAACCCCCCACCCCAAAAGAGAGAGAGAGAGAAGAAAAGUAAAGAAAACAAGAGGAAAUGGGCUCCGAAGCUCAAGAGCUUCACUUCCUCCUCAUCCCUCUCAUGUCCCAAAGUCACCUCCUCCCCUUCACCGACAUGGCCAAGCGCCUCGCCGAGCACGGCGUUUCCGUCACUGUCGUCAUGACUCCCCUCAACGCCCUCCGGUACAAAUAUGUCUUGGAUCAUUCCCGAGCAUCUGGUCUAGUCGUCCACUUCCUAACUCUUCCUUUCCCAUGCAAAGAGGCCGGCCUCCCCGAGGGCUGCGAGAACAUCGACUCGCUCCCCUCGUCCGACCUCGUCACCACCUUCUUUGAUGCGAGCAACAUGCUGCAAGAGCCCAUCUCGAAGCACCUCGAAGCCAUGGAGGACAAACCCAGUUGCAUCAUCACUGACAUUUGCUUUCCCUGGACGACUGAUGUCGCCCUAAAGUUUGGCCUUCCGAGGAUCGCGUUCCAUACCACUUCUUGCUUCACCCUCUUGUGCUCGCAUAGCAUCACCCGCUCCAAGGUUAUGGAAAGGGUCAAGGGCGAUGAUGAGCCGUUCGUCGUCCCGGGCCUCCCGGACAAGGUCGAGUUCACCAAGGCCCAGAUGCCACAGAUGAUGAAGGACGGCCCCGACGACUUGGAGAACCUCCUGGUUAAGCUCAAGGCGGCCGAGCUCUCCGCCGACGGCGUGCUGGUGAACUCCUUUGAGGAGCUAGAGAAGAAUUACGUGAAAGGUUAUCAAAAGGUCGUGAAGAAACUGUGGUGCAUUGGGCCCCUGUCGCUCUCUCCAGCGGUUGGCUCGGCUAAGCUCGACAGAGGCAACAACUCCUCCAUUGACCCAAACCAGUGCCAAGAUUGGCUGGACUCCAAGGACCCGAAUUCCGUCCUUUACGUGUGCUUUGGUAGUCUUUGCCACGUGUCGGCCCCACAGCUCGUGGAACUGGCCCUGGGGCUGGAGGCCUCGCGCCGUUGCUUCAUGUGGGUCAUAAGGAAAGGCGACUCCACACAGGAGCUAGAGAAGUGGCUCUUGGAGUAUGGGUUCGAAGAUAAGACCGCCGGGAGGGCCCUCAUCAUCAGGGGGUGGGCCCCUCAGGUGAUGAUCCUCUCCCACCCGUCCGUCGGCGGGUUCGUGACGCACUGCGGGUGGAACUCGACCCUCGAGGCGGUGAGCGCCGGGGUGCCCAUGAUAACCUGGCCCAUGUUCGCCGAGCAGUUCUACAACGAGAAGCAGAUCGCGGAGGUGCUCCGGAUCGGGGUGAGCAUCGGGGUUCGGAGGCCAGUGGAGUGGGUGGAGGAGGAGAAGGGCGGCGUGAUGGUGAGCAGGGAGGCCGUGCAGCGUGCGAUCGGGAGGCUGAUGGAUGAAGGAGAGGAAAGCGCCGAGAGGAGGCGGAGGGCGAAGGAGUUGGGCAAGGCGGCGAGGCGGGCGGUCCAAAAAAAUGGGUCAUCCUACUUCAACAUGACUCUAAUGAUCCAUUACGUUCGACAGGCAUCGACUCGUAAGAGAUCAGUAAUCACGUUAACGAGACAUUAAUAAUCGUAUCGUGGAGAUGUCCUCCACAAUUAGAUUUACUUUUAGUUGCUUAGAUUUAUCCACGCUCCAAUUGAGAUUAAUAGUCUCUAUGCUUUUGCUGUUAACCCUUCCA